CCGAAGGUCCGAUGGGCACUGCUGAAGAACAUUUCAAGCCUUACGACCACCAAAACUUCGAGAGUAAGCCAAGAGUUAGCAAGCCAUUCAGCAGCAAAAAAACUGUCUGAUAUCUUCUGCCGCAUUCCGCAUCGAUUGAUCUGCUAGCAUGAAAGUGCCACACGCUACUUGCGCCUCAGCUUCCCCUUUAAUAAUCUCUCACGUCUGUCAAAACAGACGCUUGUCCAGACUUAUUAUAACGAAGAGCAUACCUCAGCCUAGGAUGCCAUCCCAAUGCCUGCUACUUGGAUCCUUAUUUCUGCGUUCGCCGUUGCCUUGUUGGGUUACUUCAUCUCUUCAAGAACCGUUGGCAAGCGGAAUGGCGCACAUCUACCCCCUGGUCCAAUCGGAUUACCUCUCAUUGGAAAUAUCCUCCAGUUGCGAGGUUCCCAACAUCACCUUACCCUCAGUCGGCUGAGGAAAAUAUAUGGUGACCUGUUUCGCUGUUCCGUCUUCGGACGAGACAUCAUUAUUAUCAGCUCGGAGAAGGUUGCCCGAGAUCUCCUCGAUAAGCGUUCGACCAAGUUUUCCGGCAGACCGUCGGCAGCUGGAUAUAGCGCGAUGGGUCUCGAAUUCAAUACGGGUUUUAUCGGAUAUACUGACACUUGGCGACUGCACCGACGUUUCUACCACGAGGCAUUGCGGCGUGACGUUGUGUCACGAUAUCAUUCGGUUCAGUUGAGACAAGCUCAUGCCCUCAUAGUAAACAUUGCUGCUCAGCCCGAAGGCUACGAGAAACAUCUUCAAACGUUCUCGGCCUCGGUGAUUUUGUCUGCAGUAUAUGGGUAUGACGCUGUCCAGAAAGACGAUGCACUAGUGGCCAUGGUGGAGCACGUCGACAAGCUCAUUGCGGAACGAGUCUUUUCGUUCGAAGUGCUACUCGCUUCCGGACUUCCUUUCUUGCUUACCACGCCGACGUGGGUACCAGACUUUGGCGUCAAAAGGGCUUUAUCCCUUGUACGUGAAGUCGUCCAGAAGACAACAGCGGCGCCUUUCGAGUAUACACAGACUACUUUGGCGAAUAAAACUGGAAAUCAUUCAAUGGUGGGAGAUAUCCUUCGAAAAUGGGAGGACCAGAGUCCGCCGCAAGACACCGUCGAAGCGCUCAAGAAUGCGGCAUUUACCGCUUAUACUGCUGGCGCGGAGACGACACAGUCAACGCUGUUGACAUUCGUGUACGCAAUGCUCAUGAAUCCCGAAGUUCAAGCUCGCGCGCAAGAACAAAUCGAUGCAGUGGUGCAAGCCAAGCGAUUGCCUGAUCUUAACGACCGGCUGUUUUUGCCCUUGGUAGACGCGAUUCUUAGAGAGACCAUACGGUGGAUGCCUUCUGCGCCCAUAGGUUUGCCCCGUAGCACAACGGAGGAUGACGUUUAUGAAGGAUAUUUCAUCCGCAAAGGAAGCUUCGUGGUCGUUAAUAUCUGGGAAAUCUUCCACGAUGCUACGAGAUACACCGAUCCCAUGAGUUUUAAUCCAAACCGCUUCCUCCGCCCGGACGGUACUUUGACAGACGACACGUCCUACACGAUGAUAUUCGGCUUUGGACGGCGCGUAUGUCCAGGGCAAUACUUUGCGGAUAACUCAUUGUGGCUUGUUGUGGCCAGUAUGCUCGCCAUGUUCAAUAUAUCCAAGGCAAAGGACGACGAGGGAGAAGAGAUGGAGCCUGAUCCACAUUGGGUCAGCGGUAUCACCCAGUGA